UAAUUUCCUACACACAAAAAAAUAUUAUGGUAAUGACAAAAGUAACUUACUUUUGAAUUAAUAAGUGGUUAAAAUUUGCUACAUUAAAAGUUUUUUUCUUGUUUUGAAAAUGAAAACUUUUACUGCUACAGUUUUUGAAAAUCUCAUUGCUAACUUAUUUAAAAGUUUUAACUUUUAAUUCGACUGUAUAAUUUCUUUCAUUUUGUCGUUCUCGUGAAACCGUGUAAUACGUCUAAGUCCAAAAUGUAAACAAACGUUUAGGUAAUUCCGGUGGUUAGUGAGUGAUGGUCCACGACGUCAAUCAAAACAGAACGCGUCCGCAGCCAGGACUUGGACGCGGAUACCUUCGAAGUAGGAUGGUGCGGAACAAGGUUAGGGGAUUAGGGGAAAGUUGGUUUUCAAAAGGAUGAGGCCAGCUUCCUGCCGGAUCUGCAGCGAAGGAUGUGUACCCAUCACGACCGAAAUGGGACGCCGUUUAUGCGGAUGUGAAUUUGCACGGGUUGUAUUCGAUAAAGUUAAUUUUAACGGUGAGGAGAAGGAUUCGACGGAAGAGGGAAACGACGAGAAGCGAUCGUUGGUGGUCAGCGCGGAUGUUGCACUCGGUGCCGGCGAUUUACGACCAUCAGCAGCAUUAUGUGCCGGAAGUGAUGACGGAACAGUGUGGGAUGUCCUGAGGGUCCGCAGUCCAUUUCUCGGUGCGGGACAUGUUUGACGAGUAUUACAUGAACAUCCGAAAGAACAGUUUGCACCAGUUCUGGAAGAACCGUCUGUACGAAAGCCGCAGGUCCUGAAGCUGUCGUACUCGGAUUACUUCCAGAGGUUGGAGCGAGAUCCGACGAACCUGAUCAAGAACAUCUGCCUGGAAUACCGAAGAAGUCACCGGUGAGUAUUGAGAAUGUGUUUAGUGUCUAGCUAAUUUAAUUUACUUUCAAACUCUUUCAGCAACUCCCGCCCGCAAACUCUCAACUCGCGACGGCGCAGCUUC